AUGGAUCAAGAUCAUUCAAAUUCAAAUUUAGAUGAAAAAUCAAGAAAAUGGAUUCAAUUAAAUAAUAAGAAAUAUAGUGAAAAAAGAAAAUUUGGGGUUGUAGAGAUUAGAAAGGAGGAUAUGCCACCAGAGCAUCUUAGAAAGAUUAUUAAGGAUCAUGGUGAUAUGUCCAAUAGAAAGUUUAAGGAUGAUAAAAGAGUAUAUUUGGGUGCACUCAAGUAUAUGCCACAUGCAAUUUUAAAGUUGUUAGAAAAUAUGCCAAUGCCAUGGGAACAAGUUAAAUAUGUCAAGGUAUUAUAUCAUUUAUCUGGUGCAAUUACAUUUGUUAACGAAAUCCCAUUAGUUAUAGAGCCAGUUUAUAUCUCUCAAUGGGCAACAAUGUGGGUAACCAUGAGAAGAGAAAAGAGAGAUCGUAAACAUUUCCGUCGUAUGAAGUUUCCAUGUUUUGAUGAUGAAGAGCCACCAUUAGACUAUGCUGAUAACAUUUUAGACAUUGAAGUUGAAGACCCUGUUCAAAUGGACUUGGACGAAAAUGAUGAUGAGGCUGUUAUUGAUUGGUUUUAUGAUUCGAAACCAUUAGUUAAUUCAAAAUAUGUAAAUGGCACAAGUUAUAAGAAAUGGAGAUUAGAUUUACCAAUUAUGUCAGCAUUAUAUAGAUUAGCAUCACCAUUACUCAGUGAUUUAACAGAUAGCAAUUAUUUUUAUUUAUUUGAUGAUAAUAGUUUUAUGACAUCAAAAGCAUUAAAUAUGGCAAUUCCAGGUGGUCCAAAAUUUGAACCAUUAUUCCGUGAUGUCGAUGAUGACGAUGAAGAUUGGAACGAAUUUAAUGAUAUUAAUAAGAUCAUUAUUAGAAAUAAAAUUAGAACUGAAUAUAAAAUUGCAUUCCCAUAUCUUUAUAAUAGUAGACCACGUAAAGUUAAAAUUCCACAUUAUCAUCAACCAAAUAAUUGUUAUAUCAAGAAUGAUUCACCAGAUUUACCAGGAUUUUACUUUAGUCCAGCAUUAAACCCAAUUCCAUCAUAUAAAACAAAUAAAAAUGAUCAAUCAGAAUAUGGUGAUGAGGAUGAUGAAUUCAUUUUACCAGAAGAAAUAGAACCAAUUUUAGAAGAACAUGAAUUUAAUAAAGAAAAUACAGCAAAUGGUUUACAAUUAUAUUGGGCACCAAGACCAUUCAAUUUAAGAUCAGGUAGAACAAGAAGAGCAGAGGAUAUUCCAUUGGUUAAAUCAUGGUAUAGAGAACAUUGUCCACAAGAACAUCCAAUCAAAGUACGUGUCAGUUAUCAAAAAUUAUUAAAAUGCCAUAUUUUAAAUAAAUUACAUCAUCGUAGACCCAAAGCUCAAUCCAAAAAGAAUUUAUUCAAAUCAUUAAAAGCUACUAAAUUUUUCCAAUCUACAGAAAUUGAUUGGGUAGAGGCAGGUCUUCAAGUUUGUCGUCAAGGUUACAACAUGCUUAAUCUUUUAAUUCACAGAAAGAAUUUAAAUUAUUUACAUUUAGAUUACAACUUUUAUUUAAAACCAAUUAAAACUCUUACAACUAAGGAAAGAAAGAAAUCUAGAUUUGGUAAUGCAUUCCAUUUAUGUCGUGAAAUUUUACGUCUCACUAAAUUGGUAGUUGAUGUUCACGUUAAAUUUAGAUUAGGUGAUGCUGAUGCUUUUCAAUUGGCCGAUGCCAUUCAAUAUUUAUUCUCUCAUUUAGGUUUAUUAACUGGUAUGUACAAAUACAAGUACCGUUUAAUGAGACAAAUCCGUAUGUGUAAAGAUCUCAAACAUUUAAUUUAUUACCGUUUCAAUACUGGUGCUGUUGGUAAAGGUCCUGGUUGUGGUUUCUGGGCUCCAAUGUGGAGAGUAUGGCUCUUCUUUUUACGUGGUAUCGUACCAUUACUCGAAAGAUGGUUGGGUAAUCUUUUAGCAAGACAAUUUGAAGGUAGACAAACUAAAGGUAUGGCUAAAACUCUCACAAAACAACGUGUUGAAAGUCAUUUCGAUUACGAGCUUCGUGCUGCAGUUGUUCAUGAUAUCCUUGAUAUGAUGCCAGAAGGUAUCAAGGCCAAUAAGUCACGUGUUAUUCUUCAACAUUUAGCAGAGGCUUGGAGAUGUUGGAAAGCAAAUAUCCCAUGGAAAGUACCAGGUCUCCCAAUUCCAAUCGAAAAUAUGAUUCUCCGUUAUGUUAAAUCCAAGGCUGAUUGGUGGACUAAUGUCGCUCAUUACAAUCGUGAACGUAUUAAGCGUGGUGCUACCGUCGAUAAAACUGCCGCUAAAAAGAAUUUAGGUCGUCUCACUCGUCUUUGGUUAAAGGCUGAACAAGAACGUCAACAUAAUUAUCUUAAAGAUGGUCCAUACGUUUCAGCUGAAGAGGCUGUUGCUAUUUAUACUACCACUGUCCAUUGGUUAGAAAAACGUAGAUUCUCUGCAAUUCCAUUCCCACAAACAUCAUAUAAACACGAUAUUAAAAUUCUUACAUUGGCUUUAGAACGUCUUAAAGAAGCCUAUAGUGUCAAGUCACGUUUAAAUCAAUCCCAAAGAGAAGAGCUUUCAUUAGUUGAACAAGCAUACGAUAAUCCACACGAUGCUUUAGCUCGUAUUAAGAGACAUUUAUUAACUCAACGUACUUUCAAAGAGGUCGGUAUAGAAUUUAUGGAUAUGUACACUCAUUUAGUUCCAAUCUUCGAUGUAGAUCCAUUUGAAAAGAUCACCGAUGCCUAUUUAGAUCAAUACCUUUGGUAUGAAGCUGAUAAACGUCAAUUAUUCCCUAACUGGGUUAAACCAUCAGAUAAUGAACCACCACCAGUUUUAAUUCAUAAAUGGUGUCAAGGUAUUAAUAAUCUUGAUAAUAUUUGGGAAACAAAUAAUGGAGAAUGUGUAGUACUUUUAGAAACUCAGUUUAGCAAAGUUUAUGAAAAGAUGGAUCUUACUCUUAUGAAUCGUCUUCUUCGUUUAAUUGUAGAUCAAAAUAUUGCCGAUUACAUGUCUGGUAAAAACAAUAUCGUCAUCAACUAUAAAGAUAUGAACCAUACCAAUUCAUAUGGUCUCAUUCGUGGUCUUCAAUUUGCUUCAUUUAUUUUCCAAUAUUAUGGUUUAGUAUUGGAUCUUUUAGUAUUGGGCUUAAAUCGUGCUUCUGAAAUUGCAGGUCCACCAAAUCUUCCAAAUGCAUUCUUAACCUAUCCAAAUGUCGAAACAGAAACCAAACAUCCAAUUCGUUUAUAUAGUCGUUACGUAGAUCGUAUCCAUGUACUUUAUCGUUUCGAUGCUGAACAAGCCAGAGACCUUAUUCAACGUUAUAUGUCAGAACAUCCAGAUCCAAAUAAUGAAAACGUUGUUGGUUAUAAUAAUAAGAAAUGUUGGCCACGUGAUUGCCGUAUGCGUUUAAUGAAGCAUGACGUAAAUUUAGGUAGAGCUGUAUUCUGGGGUAUUAAAAAUCGUUUACCACGUUCAUUAACUACCAUCGAAUGGGAAGAUAGUUUCGUUUCAGUAUAUAGUAAAGACAAUCCAAAUCUUUUAAUGAAUAUGUGUGGUUUCGAUAUUCGUAUUCUUCCAAAAUGCCGUACACCAGCAGAUCAAUUAGUACCAAAAGAUGCAGUUUGGAGUCUUCAAAAUGUAAAUACUAAAGAACGUACCGCUCAAGCAUUCCUUCGUGUUGAUAAAGAUUCACAAGAUCGUUUCGAAAAUCGUAUUCGUAUGAUUUUAAUGGCAAGUGGUUCAACUACUUUUACCAAGAUUGUAAAUAAAUGGAAUACUGCAUUGAUUGGUCUUAUGACUUAUUUCCGUGAAGCUGUUGUUACAACUCGUGAAAUGUUAGAAAUUUUAGUACGUUGUGAAAAUAAAAUUCAAACUCGUGUUAAAAUUGGUUUAAACAGUAAGAUGCCAAAUCGUUUCCCACCAGUCGUAUUUUACACUCCAAAAGAAUUGGGUGGUUUAGGUAUGUUAAGUAUGGGUCAUGUUUUAAUUCCACAAAGUGACCUUCGUUAUUCACGUCAAACAGAUUCCGGUAUCACCCAUUUCACAUCAGGUAUGAGCCAUGACGAAGAUCAAUUAAUUCCAAAUCUUUAUCGUUACAUUCAACCAUGGGAACAAGAAAUUAAAGAUUCACAAAGAGUAUGGGCCGAAUAUGCUAUCAAAUACGAAGAAGCCAAAUCUCAAAAUAAAAACCUUACACUCGAAGAUCUUGAGGAUUCAUGGGAUCGUGGUAUUCCACGUAUUAAUACAUUGUUCCAAAAGAGUCGUCACACCUUGGCUUAUGAUAAGGGUUGGAGAGUUCGUACCGAUUGGAAACAAUAUCAAGUUCUCAAAAAUAAUCCAUUCUGGUGGACUAAUCAACGUCAUGAUGGUAAACUUUGGAAUCUUAACAAUUAUCGUACAGAUAUCAUUCAAGCAUUGGGUGGUGUAGAAGGUAUUUUAGAACAUACAUUAUUCAAAGGUACAUAUUUCCCAACCUGGGAGGGUUUGUUCUGGGAAAAAGCCUCAGGUUUUGAAGAGUCUAUGAAAUAUAAGAAAUUAACACAUGCCCAACGUUCUGGUCUUAAUCAAAUUCCAAAUCGUCGUUUCACUUUAUGGUGGUCACCAACUAUUAAUCGUAAGAAUGUCUACGUUGGUUUCCAAGUUCAAUUAGAUCUUACUGGUAUUUUCAUGCAUGGUAAAAUUCCAACUCUUAAAAUCUCUUUAAUUCAAAUUUUCCGUGCCCAUCUUUGGCAAAAGAUUCAUGAAUCUUUAGUUAUGGAUCUUUGUCAAGUUUUCGAUCAAGAAUUAGAUAAUCUCGAAAUCUCUGUUGUAAAUAAAGAAGCUAUUCAUCCACGUAAAUCUUAUAAAAUGAAUUCUUCAUGUGCUGAUAUUCUUUUACGUGCUACCCACAAAUGGCAAGUUUCACGUCCAUCAUUGUUAACCGAUAAUCGUGAUAGCUACGAUAGUUCAACUACUCAAUAUUGGUUAGAUGUUCAAUUAAAAUGGGGUGAUUUCGAUUCACACGAUAUUGAAAGAUACAGUAGAGCCAAAUUCCUUGAUUACACUACCGAUUCAAUGUCACUCUAUCCAUCACCAACUGGUUGUUUAAUUGGUUUAGAUUUAGCCUAUAACAUGUAUAGUGCUUUUGGUAAUUGGUUCUUGGGUGUUAAACCAUUAGUCCAAAAAGCAAUGGCCAAAAUAUUAAAAUCAAAUCCAGCUCUCUAUGUAUUACGUGAACGUAUUCGUAAAGGUCUUCAAUUAUACAGUUCUGAACCAACUGAGCCAUAUCUUUCUUCACAAAACUUUGGUGAAUUAUUCAGUAAUAAAAUCAUGUGGUUUGUUGAUGAUUCAAAUGUAUAUCGUGUAACUAUCCAUAAAACUUUCGAAGGUAAUUUAACAACUAAACCAAUCAAUGGUGCAAUUUUCAUUUUCAAUCCACGUACUGGUCAAUUAUUCCUCAAAAUUAUUCAUACUGAUGUAUGGUUAGGUCAAAAACGUCUUGGUCAAUUAGCUAAAUGGAAAACUGCUGAAGAAGUUGCUGCUCUUAUUCGUUCACUUCCAGUCGAAGAACAACCAAAACAAAUCAUUGCUACUCGUAAAGGUAUGAUGGAUCCAUUAGAGGUACAUCUUUUAGAUUUCCCAAAUAUCGUUAUUCAAGGUAGUGAAUUACAACUUCCAUUCCAAGCUUGCUUAAAGGUAGAGAAAUUUGGUGACCUCAUUUUGAAGGCUACAGAGCCAAAAAUGGUACUCUUUAAUAUCUAUGAUGAUUGGUUAAGCACCAUUCAUUCAUACACUGCUUUCCUCCGUCUCAUUUUAAUUUUAAGAGCCUUACACGUUAAUCUCGAACGUACAAAGAUUAUUUUGAAACCAAAUAAGAAUGUUAUAACCCAACCACAUCACAUUUGGCCAACAUUAACCGAACAAGAAUGGCUCACUGUCGAAUCACAACUCAAAGAUUUAAUUUUAGCAGAUUUUGGUAAAAGAAAUAAUGUUAAUGUAGCUUCACUCACCCAAUCAGAAAUUAGAGAUAUUAUUUUAGGUAUGGAAAUUUCAGCACCAUCUCAACAACGUGAAGAUCAAAUUGCAGAAAUUGAAAAACAAAAACAAGAAGCCUCACACUUAACUGCAGUUACAGUUCGUACAACUAAUGUUCAUGGUGAAGAAAUUAUUUCAACAGCCACAAGUCCACAUGAACAAAAAGUAUUUUCAUCUAAAACCGAUUGGCGUGUACGUGCAAUCUCUGCAACCAAUCUUCAUUUACGUACCAAUCAAAUUUAUGUUAAUUCAGAUUUAGCUAAAGAAGGUGGUUUCACAUAUGUUAUGCCAAAGAAUAUCCUCAAAAAAUUCAUUACUAUUGCAGAUCUUAGAACUCAAAUUAUGGGUUAUAUCUAUGGUGUAAGUCCACCUGACAAUUCACAAGUUAAAGAAAUUCGUUGUAUAGUUUUAGUUCCACAAUGGGGUACCCCAGUUCAUAUUACAGUUCCAAAUCAAUUACCAGAACAUGAAUAUCUUAAAGAUUUAGAACCAUUAGGUUGGAUUCAUACACAACCAACAGAGUUACCACAACUAUCACCACAAGAUGUCAUUAUGCACUCAAAGAUUAUGUCUGAUAAUAAACAAUGGGAUGGUGAAAAAACAAUUGUAAUGUCUGUAUCAGUUGCUUGGCCAUGUACAUUAACUGCUUAUCAUUUAACACCAAAUGGUUAUGAAUGGGGUAAAAAUAAUAAAGAUUCACUCAAUUAUCAAGGUUAUCAGCCAUCAUUCUAUGAAAAAGUUCAAAUGUUAUUAUCCGAUCGUUUCCUUGGCUUUUAUAUGGUACCUGACCGUGGUUCAUGGAAUUACAAUUUCAUGGGUGUAAAACAUAGCGCCAAUAUGACUUAUGGUUUGAAAUUAGAUACCCCAAAGAAUUUCUACGACGAAUCUCACAGACCAUCACAUUUCCAAAAUUGGACUCAAAUGGCACCCUCAACUAAUGAUGAUCAAUCAAAUGAUAACGAGCCAGAUACCGAAGAUUUAUUUGAAUAAUCACAUAAAUUAAUUACCAAUAAAUUUGUAAAAAAAACAUAUUUUAAAAU